CCAACACGCAAAUAUAUUCGACAACGGAGUUUUGUGGUCCCUUAAAGCCAGACCGACCUUAUUUGGCGUGCGAAGGUUUUCUGGACUGGAGUCCACUUCAUCAGAUGCACGGAGGGGAGCCUCAAGAAGGAUCAUCUGCCUUUCCAACUGAGAAUUCUAAAGUCCUCUGUAAAAUCGGUGUCAGUCAUAAAAUAAACCACUUACUGAACAUGGUACCUCAGAAACGGCACUUUCGUUUAUACAGGUUACUCCCUUUCUUCUUUGUCCUUGGAGGUGCUAUGGAAUGGUUUAUGAUCAAUGUUCGUAUCGGCAAAGAGACUUUUUAUGAUGUAUAUCGUAGAAAGCAGUCUGAAAGACGAUACAAGCAGAGUUUGGAAGAAAGAUGAACUCCCUGAAUACUUUAUAUGAAAUGGAUAUUGGCUUCCCAAAUCCUACUGGAUAUUCACUGUUUGGUUAAGAAAUGUGUAAGUCUUCAGCCUGAACACUGUCUGCAUCUGGUCUCCAGAGGUACCUAUUGUGCAACCCUGCUUGGUUGCAAAGCAUAAUUGCUACAUCUUGGAGUGCUGAUAAUUUUCUGGUUCAUUGAAACAUUGCAUCACUGGUUCAUUUAUUUAGUUUUUUAAUAAACUGUUGUACAGGCAUAA